CAAGGAAAUGUUGACUAAUUGUAAACUUCCCCAUUUUAUGUGUCAUAAGACAUUGUCUUUGUUUACAUUAAUAUUGUGUGAAAUUCAAUGAUUUUUGAUAUUUAGUCACGAAGGACAGUUGUCAAUAGUUAUAGAUUGACAGGAUGGCGAAACUUCCUUGUAUGUUUUUCUUUUUAUCGUUCGUUUAUGCUGACAUAUACAUGCACAAUCCCAGGGGGUCCAAUAAUAGAUUGGACGAGGCCAAAAGAGAAAGAAACAACGCCAAUAGAUUGUUUGAUUCACAAAACAACAAUCGUGGCGGUUAUAAUGUUGGUAGUUUGUAUUAUUAUGCAGGAUCAAUUUUAUCUGUGGAAUGGACCAAUCAGCACUCGUGUGCAGAUCAAAACAAUAACUGUGAGAUCAUUUUACAGUAUAUGUGUGGUGAUUUAGUCAGAGAUGGUACUACAACACGGACGAUUCCAGAAAAUCCAGUACAAUGUAAGAACUAUAACUGCAACAACGACAAAAAAUUUGGAAUGCAUGAGGAUUCUGAUUACUAUAAGAAAUGUCAUUAUCGUAUUCGAAACAGAGGAUUAUUCACUGCUGAUCAGAACUUAAGGAAAUUUUCUGCUCGAUCUACCCGACAAAACCCUGGAGGUACGAGACGUGGUUAUGAAUGCCCCGAAGAACGUGAUUACUAUCCGUAUUGGCAUCCAUCACCAUGGAAAGAUAUCGCUGUCCUUACAAACAAUGCUACAAGAUGUCCGUUUUAUGAGAGAGAAAGUGAAAAUGUCAAAGGCCGAUAUGAAUGCGAAUUACCACAUGGCUUUUUAAAUAGUCAUAGAAACAGGAGAAAGGGAAUACCAAAUAAUGAAGAAGACUGUCAUAAAAUAAAAUAUAGUUUCACCUCAGCUCAGUUUCCCAACGGUACAACUGUCAAUGGUACAUGGGUUCAACGACCAUCACAUAAUCUACCACCACCAGAGUGUCGUGAGAAUGAUUGGUCACGUGACAAUCACCUUGGUAACGGUAUCGAUGGAUUUCCCAAUACAUUCAACUGGACACUACCUGAUAUAAAUGAGAAACAUUGCGUGCUAAGGAUAAGGUACAACAUAUCCACUGGGGAUUUUGAGGGAUGGAACAGCAGUGUAAACGCGUCCUAUAAUUCACGACCUGUGACGAAACUUGACGUUGCUUCACGAUUUGGUUUGGAUGAAGAUGAAGCUAAGAGGAGAGGUUAUGUUUACAAACAAAAUCCGCAAGUUAAAAUAUUUGGAGAAGACGGCGGAGAUUUUAAACUUCGACUCGCUAUUAAUACCAACCAGUUUGGACGCGUCUUCCAAGAUAGGUCGCACACCUUUGGAAUUAGAACUCGACCGUCAAAUCUUGAAGGAAAAACUAUUCAUAAUCUUAACGUAAGAGGAAAACGCGGUAACAUUGUUCAGGUUUAUCCUGCUGUUGAGUACGACUUUGUUCCAAACAGAAAAACCAUUAAGAAUGGCGAUUAUCUUCAUUUUCAAUGGACAGGUUCAAAUACAAAUCCAAACAACAACGAUGGACAAGGAAAAGCAGGCACCGAUAGAAAUAAUGUUAUUUUACUACGUCCACCGCAAUAUCCUGAAACAACGCCAAAAUCAGGAACAUACGGUCAUUGGGGGAAUAAUUAUCCUCAGCAUUUAGAUGAAAGUGUAUUUCUUGGAUUUAGCAGAAAAGAUCUCCAACAUUUGAGCAUUCUUGAUAACGUACAAUACGGUGGAGAGAUGUCCGAAUUAGAUGACGCAGGUACUUACUUUGACUUGAGUCCUAGAAAAGUGACAAGAAAUGGCAUAUUUCAUUAUAUGUGCUCAAGAAAUAACAAUUUUUCAAACCGCGGACAAAAGGGCAAAAUUGUUGUUAGUGAUGCGGAAAUUGUUGGCAAGAAAAUCGGUUGGAAUGGAGGAAAUAUCACCAUUGGUGAAAGUAAUGCACAGGGUAUUUGGGUAAAACGAGGUACCUUUCAAAAACUUCAUGAUAUUUCCCUCGAGGAAUGGUCCAAAAACGAUGGUGAAGCUAGGGUUAAAGCGAUGGGUAUUUCUGUUGAUGUUGGUGACAGUUAUGCAAGUGAUUUCCUGGUCAUUCAUCCUCAGGAGAAAAUUACGUCUGAUGGCAAAAAAUUCUCAGUUACUCUCAAAGUCGACUCGAGCAUCUCGGGAACGGUAACUGUUUACAAAGCGAAUAAAAAUAAUCCAAGAUGGAGAAAAGUUGGCGCUCAUAUGAAAGAUGGAAUCGCGACAAUGCAAGUUGAUUCAGGUGGGAUAAUAAUGGCUCGUUCUGCUCCAAAUGUUGGUCUUAUUGUUGGUGUCGUCGUCGCCUGCGUCAUAGUUGUCGUCAUCAUUAUUGGUACGAUCGUAUACUGUCGUAAACACCCGCAAGCUUGGAUAAACACAAAACGUACAUUCACGAACUGUAACCGAUCUUUAAAACGUUCAGUAUAGCGAAGAAACAUUUGUAGCAUGACACGUAUCGCUAGUAGCAUCUCACCUGUUAAAUUUCUUCAUGACAUUCAUCUUUUUAUAAACAUAAUAUUUUCGUUGACAUCGAUGUCUUGGCAAAUUGUCGAAAUCAUUUUCAGCCAUCUGUAAUGAUUAUUAAUUUGAUAUAAAUAUAAGUGAAAUUGUGGACGACAUAAAAAGAUUUAACUUAUCUUCCAUUCAGCUCACAGUGUACCUAUCUCUCAAGAUAACUAAAUAUGUUUAUAUAUAAUACACACGAUCUAUCUUUGUAUGAACAUUCAUUUCCUUGAAUAAGUGGACUAAAAGACAGAAACGACGAUAAUACUUUUUCAUGUAAGAAUUGUAAAAAAUUUUUUCGUAUUAAACAUAUCUUUCUCAAUGCAAAUAAUACAUAAUAAAUUAUCAAUGUGAAAUAUA